AUGAAGUUCUCUCAGACUCUUCUCUCGCUUCUACUCGCCGGGGCAGCGGUCCAAGCGCAUCCCAUGGUGGACCCAAACCAUAGUCCAAAUGGGUUAAAUUCAAAGUCAAUCAAUCUAUUCAGCCCAGUUCCUCUCGUCCGCAAGAGCAAAUUCUCACACCCGUUUCUCGGCGCCGCGAGAAAGCAAGUCGCCUUUGCGCCACACAAGCACCAGAAACGCGCAAAGUCGAGCCAUCCUGCAUUGACCAAUGAGGAUUCGGACGCGAUGGAAAGUAAGAGUACUGGACGAGGCGUGCAAAAGGCUGGAGUCUUCGGUGUCGCUGUCGAAGGAGUUAGUAUCGGAAUCGGCCGUCCAAAUCGCCUGUCUCGUAAAGGCCACCGCGAAGAACUCGAGGAACGCGGUCUUCGUCCUAGAACUCAGCCCAGUUCAGGGGAUAAAGAGCAGUAUAGUGCUUCAAGAAAGCACUUAGCUACACCAGAACUCGCAGUUACCGUCGAACGUGGAAGAAUGCACGGCAUUGGAAAGAAGAGACUCGACCACAACGGACGGGGCAUCAAGGCUCCCGAUUACAAGACUGACGAGCCUACUCCGAGCGGAUCUGCAGAGGCGUCGUCUCCCUCAGCGACAAAGCAGCCGUCCCUAUCGAAUUGA